AUGGUUAAUGAGGGCUGUUUGAGUAUAGAAGAGUUCCUUCCCAAGAUUUCAGAAUACUUCAAGGCAGCUAAUGAGAAAGAAGUUACAGUACGUGUCAGCACAAAAAGGUUGGUAAAAGGUGAACCGGUGGAGGGAAACCGAGAAUUUGAUGCCACGAAUAAUCCCCAUUUUGAUAUUUCGAGGAAGGCACAGCAGACACACUUCAAGGAUGUAUCCCAGGAGGUUUACCCUCUACUGAUAAGGAUAUCGUAUUUGUCAGAUGCGAAAAAGAACAAGUGCUCUACGGUGGUGAAAGCUGAUGACCUUGAUAAGUUCUGGCAGAAUUUUUCAGCAGUGAUCAAGGGCUCUAUGAAAGGUUUGAUUAAGAAGAAGAAGAAGAAGAAGGGCAAAGCUGUCGUGGCAAAGCCAAAAAAGGGCAAAAAGUUAAAAAGAUAG